GGGGGCGGAGAGAGGCGCCACCGCCCCAGCAUGCUCCGCGCACUCCUCCCGCGCCAGCCGCGCCGCGCCGCUCGGGCCGGGCGGGUGGCCUCGCCUCGCUUCACCUCAUGGUGCCGAGGGGCCGACCGGCGGCGGCCGCGCUGCAGAGAGUUUGAAGAUCUUUGCGUAGCAUCAGUGCUUACUGCUGCCUGGUUCAAUUUAUUUAGAAUGGAACAAAUGGUGUUUGGCUUUUCCUGCAUUUGACUUGGCAGAGUGGACUGAAAAAACACAGAGGCAUAGACCACGUUUGCUACUGGAAUAAGGAAGCUGCAAUGGAAAAAAAUACGUUCUCCUAGUCCCAGGAACAACUGACAAUACAAAGGACAAUGCACAGUGUAUAUCCUGAUGGCAUUUUGUGUUCUGUGACGUGGUUUUUGCCAUGGCAUCUGAGACUGAAAAGGCCCAUGCUCUUCUCCAGACUUUCAGCACAGCUUCAGUUAUUUCUAGUCUAGGUUUGGGAAUAUUCUGCUUUGUAGCAGACAGACUUCUGCAGUUUUCCUUCAUUCAGCAAAAUGACUGGCUCCGAGCCUUCUCUGAUAAUGCUGUGCAUGGUAUACUAGGAAUGUGGUCCUGGGCAAUAGUGAUUGGACUCAGGAAGAAAAGUGACUUCACUGAGGUCACUCUGGCUGGCUUCCUUGCCUCUGUCAUUGACGUGGACCACUUCUUUCUUGCUGGCUCCCUGUCGUUAAAGGCUGCUCUGACUCUUCCACAGAGACCACUUCUUCAUUGUUCUACUGUGAUUCCUGUUGUGGCUCUGACAUUAAAGUUUAUUAUGCACCUUUUCAGGCUUAAGGAUUCAUGGUGCUUUCUUCCCUGGAUGUUGUUCAUAUCCUGGACUUCUCAUCAUGUCCGUGACGGGAUUCGUCAUGGCCUCUGGAUCUGCCCAUUUGGAAAAACUCCUCCUUUGCCAUAUUGGCUGUAUGUGGCAAUUACAGCAUCUUUACCUCAUCUAUGUUCAUUUAUUAUGUAUUUAACAGGCACUAGGGAGUUAAUGUCUAUAAAGCAUGGAAUCCACAUUGAUGUAUAAGAAUUAUGGCUCUUAAAGAUUGUCUGUAUUGGCACUUGAAAUAAGCUGUCUGUUUAUCACUGAAGUGUUUUCCUUAUAUUUACAAGGUAUGCAUCUUAAGCCUGUGGAGCCAUUUGUAGCUCCUGUGUCACUUCUUUGUGGUCACAGAAACCUAUUUAAUGAAUGGUAAUAAUUUUAUAUCUGUACAUUCCCCUUGUAAAAUACAUGGUCUUCCAUUUUAGUUCAUGCAUAACUAGCUGAUUUAUAAAGUACUUAGUCUCUCUCUGUAGUAAUUACAUUACAUUCUGCUGUCAUGGUGGUGUUCAUCUGAUCACCAUUCCCUUGUUUUCCUGCUGGACUCUUGUAUUCAACUGUUUUAAAAGAAAUCCUGUUUGUAUUUCACAGUGUGGAACUGUGUAUCUGCACCUCUUUGAACACUGCUAUCAUAUAGUGUUUCCACUAAAUUCUGCUUCUCUGGGGUUGCUUGAUACUCAAUUUGCAGAUAAGAAAGGAGAAAACAGUUAGAAAGGAAAAAAUAGUUUGGUUACAGUAUUAUAUGUGUUGGCCAAAUUGUUUAAUUUAAAAAAUACACUAAUUCUGAAUAUUAUCUAAUGUGGAACUAAGGAAUUUUAGCAAAUAUUUAAGGAUUGUGUAAAGGCAAACUUGCUUAUUACAGUAAAACAUAAGCUUUAGGGAAGAUUCAGGAAGAUAGAAGAAAAUCAGUAUUCCUCCAGAUGUGAGUUUGCUUAAAGACCUUACUACUGUAAUCGUAAGCAGCAUUUUCCAUUAAGUGCAAUAUCAUCCUUAUUAUAAAAUGAAAUGCAUUGUUAUGAGUAUACAGAAAUAGAAAUUUCCUCAUAAAUAAGUUGCUUAAGGAAAAAUGUUACUAUGUUGCAGGUUCAUAACAUAGUAAUUUCUCAGAAAAAGUCACAAAGUAGAUAUUAAGCUCUUGUCUAGUUCAGUAUACAAGCUGAGAAAUGUCUAUUAAUAAUUAAUUUUGUAUUCAUUGAACUCCAUUGCCCAUGAAGGAGAUGGGGCCUUAACUAUUCCAGUUUGUGAUGAAUAGCUGUUAAAGGGGAUUAUUUUUAUGGAAGAGCAUGUAUAGAGUAGCAUGUGCUGAACUUAAGUUAUCGAAGGGUGCAAAGAUUAGGUGAAGUGUUCAUACUACAUUGACAUUAGUAAAUGUAAAUUAGUAUAAAGUACAAAAAAAUUACAGAAAAUAUUAACUGAGAUGGCUGGAUUAAUGUGUACCAGAGACCUUCUGCAGCUGCAAAGUACUAAUAGCUCUCUGCAGCACAGUAAGCUAAUUUGGGGAUGUGUUUCACCCUUUUAAAAAUGUGCCUUGCCACAACAAGAGUAGUCUCUGACCUGUUUGUUCUUUAUGUUAGAAGUGUAUGCCUUUGGAAACUUGUGUGACAGUACAGUGGACCUAUAUAGCUUUUGUUAUAAAAUUAAUAAAAGGUUUUUUCUUGGAAAGAAGAUUGGAAGUGCAGAACAUUCCUUAAAGGAUUAUCCUCAUAGCAUGGAUUUCUGUCUGUUACAGUGUGUAAAACUUUCCCAGAAACUACAUCAGAAAUGCCUUGCUUUAGAGCCCUCAGAGCAGGAACUGGCUUUUAUCCAAAGAUGUGAUGGUUUAGUAGAGAAGGAGCAUUGCUCGUUCAUUUGCUUCUAACCUGUGUUUUAAGCUAUAGAUAAUGAAAUGCCAAUAGUGAAUAUAUUUUGUGCAAUAAGGGAACACUUAAAUCUAUGUAGAAAAUUUCCAGUGUUCUUGUUUCUUUUUAUAUUUUUUGUCCUUUAUCCAGAUUUUCUGCAAAGGGAAAUUUAUCUAGGAACACGUGGAGAAUUGCACUGUCUCAUUUUUAUAUUGUAGCUGUAUUAUUUUUGGUAGCUGUAUGUCCACCAACAGUCCUUACAAUUGGUACUGUACUGUUCUAGUUAUGCUUAAGGAUCAGUUAGUGGGUACAUCUUCAGUAGUUUAAAAACGAGUAUUUUCUUUCUCUGCAUUUCUAGCAUUUUUGAGGACUGUUUUACAAUAAUUCUCAGCUAUAUUUCAAAGUAAUAUUUUUCUGGUCAUUUUACCUGUUCUACCGCAGCAAUAUGUCAACACCACUUAGAAAUGUAUUAAGGAAAGUAGCAAGCACUUGGGACGUGACUUCUUUCUCUCUCCCUCCAAAGAGACAUAGCAGUCUCAUGCUUCAUCCUGAGAUUUAAGCAACUUUAGCUCAGGCCAUUGACAACUCUUCAAGGUAAACGGACAUGUUGCACAUAAUGCUGUAAUUUGUGGGUAGCCAGAAGACAGAACAAGGAAGAAGUUAAGGAUUUUUUUCAGCCCAUGUGAUCUACAAGAUACACCUCCCUAUUAGAAUGAAUUGCCUGACAAUUCCUUACCACUAUUUCAUGUACAUUUCAAAUUCAUUGGUAUUUCCAGGUAUGCACUGAUACCUGCCAUGUGUAGCAGAACCAUGGCAAAAAUAAACCAAGAUACUGAAAACAUAAUGAAUUUGUGCUUUACUGCAUGCAUUACAAAUAAAUAGUAAAUGUGAAGUAUGAAAACCAUGUGAAUUACACAAAAAAUGGUUAACAAACUCAAGCUAAUAAUUUUGUGCACAAUGUGUGAUACAUGUCACUUAAAUAUUAUUAAUUUCAGUGGUUCAUUUACUAUGCUAAUCUAAACUUUUUCCAUCUGUUUUCAAGUUGUACUUACAAAGUUGAAGAAAGUGUAGGGGUUUUCAGACAUUUAAAAUGUAAUCUGCAUUUUCACAUGACUACUGGUACCACUUUUUUCUACAGUGUAUGGUAUCAUGUGCCUUUAAUUGGUUAUUCCUAAUUUGUGCCAUGCUCCAAGGAAAAUGCUGGUGAAUUUGAAUUAAACUGAAAUAAUUUUAACAACCA